GGAUGGCGAAUUACGUAAUAUCGGAGUGGUCUGAAUGAUGAGUGUGCGUCUCAAAGCAGCUUCUUCCUUCCCAAAUAAAUACUUCACUUCUUCCCGCUUCUCGAUUAUGCCAAAAAUCAGUUACCCCAACAGAACUCUAAUAGAAGCUCCAACUCAGGUUCUACACCUUUCUUUUUCUUUACACAAUACUACAAAUGUUAAUUUCGUAUUAAAAAUCAAGCAAAAGAUGAAGAGAAGAAUCUCAUUCUCCAACUAAUUAGAUCUUCUCCAGUGAUUCUCGGAGGCCAACCAGACUGGAUUGUAAUUUUGGUUGGAAUUCUGAGGCCAGUGUAUCAAGUUCCUUAAUGGGUCAUGAACUUCAAUCUGUAUGUCAUGGCCAAAGCAGGAGAUUACUUUGGCUUUCAGCAAUGGUGUUUGCUUUGAUCUUAAUUUUCCAAUAUCUUGAACUCCCAUAUGAUAAUGUUUUCUCAUCUCUAUUUUCGGCUGGUAAGGUUCCAGUAGCAGAAAACACUACUUUAGUGGCCACUGGUCCCUUAUCUAAGUCUGGGAUGGUCAAAAAUGUGACUCGUCCAAAUGGCCUGAUUUCCAGUGGUACAUCUCCAGUACAUGAGUUUGCUAAUAAUACUAUGACCACCGAAGUAGAGGAUAUAGACCCAAGUAAAGAUCUUGUAUCAGAAAAUAACGAUGGAGGUGAGGACCCUGAUGAGGAGUCUGAAACUGAGAAAUUGGAUUGGGUAAAUAAAAACUCGACAGUGCAGAUUGUCCAGAAUGCAGAUAAUGGGCCUGCACCGGUGGAAACCAGAAACUCUGAACAGAGCAUUACUCAAAAGAAUGAUACAGUGGGUGGUGAUUUUUCAGAAUUUAUCAAUGAGAGAGAAAAUAAUACAUUGACAUCAAGAAAUAAGGGAAGGUCAGGUGGGGGUGCUCAUUCACCUUUUCCUGUCUCACCACCGAUAGAGUUUUUACCUAAUAAAACCCUGCCAGAAACAAAUGUUGGAACCCCUGUUGUACCGGUUUAUUCCAACAUAUCUUCAAAGGAUAAAGAUACAACCACCACUUUUCGCAAGAAUGAAAAAUCAGGAAAAUUGCAGAGUGAUUUCACUACAUUUGGCAAGAAUAAUUCAGUUACCGCUGUUCCUGAGGAGAAGAAAGAGCCUGAGAUUCCAAAUUCUGCAGUAAUCUCCAUAGCUGAGAUGAAUGAUUUGUUGCUUAAGAGUCGUGCUUCGUAUCAUUCAAUGAGACCAAGAUGGUCUUCAGCUGUUGACCGAGAGCUCCUACAUGCAAGAGUGCAGAUUGAAAAUGCACCCAUAUUUAAAAAUGAUAAUGAACUUUAUUCGCCUCUUUAUCGCAAUGUUUCAAUGUUCAAAAGGAGCUAUGAGUUAAUGGAACAGAAACUCAAAGUAUAUGUUUACAAAGAAGGACAAAAGCCCAUAUUCCAUCAGCCAGUACUCAAGGGAAUAUAUGCUUCUGAGGGAUGGUUCAUGAAGCUGCUGCAAGCUAACAAAAAAAUUGUUACUAAAGACCCUAGAAAAGCUCAACUGUUUUACUUGCCAUUCAGUUCUCGAAUGUUAGAGGAAACCUUAUAUGUUCAAAAUUCUCACAGUCAUAAAAAUCUUAUACAACAUUUGAAGAACUACUUGGACUUCAUUGCAGCUAAGCAUCGUUUCUGGAAUAGAACGGAUGGAGCAGACCAUUUUCUUGUUGCUUGCCACGACUGGGCCCCAUCUGAGACAAAGCGAGAUAUGGCAAAGUGCAUCAGAGCCCUUUGCAAUGCUGAUGUUAAAGAAGGUUUUGUCUUUGGCAAGGAUGUGUCUCUUCCUGAGACAUAUGUGCGCUCACCUCAGAACCCUCUUAGGCAGGUUGGAGGGAAACCUCCUUCAAAGAGGUCAAUUCUGGCUUUCUUUGCAGGGGGCAUGCAUGGAUAUUUAAGACCCAUUCUGUUACAGCACUGGGGAAAUAAAGAUCCUGACAUGAAAAUUUUUGGUGUAUUGCCUAAGGUGAAGGGAAACAUGAAUUACGUUCAUUAUAUGAAAAGCAGCAAGUACUGUAUUUGUGCAAAAGGGUAUGAAGUCAAUAGCCCACGAGUAGUGGAGGCCAUUUUCUACGAAUGUGUUCCAGUGAUCAUAUCUGACAAUUUUGUGCCCCCAUUUUUUGAGAUUUUGAACUGGGAAUCCUUUGCUGUUUUUGUUUUGGAGAAAGACAUUCCGAAUUUGAAAAAUAUACUGCUUUCGAUCCCGGAGAAGAGAUACCGAGAGAUGCAGAUGAGGGUGAAGAAGGUACAACAGCAUUUUCUCUGGCAUCCCAAGCCUGUGAAGUAUGAUAUGUUUAAUAUGAUUCUCCACUCAGUUUGGUACAAUAGAGUUUUUCUAGCAAGACCCAGAUAAGCAAGAAACAUGUCAAUGGUGCAAUACAUACGAAUUGUAUUUCCAGAGGUAGAAGUAGAAAGAAGAUGAAAUAAAAGGGUUAAUAUUAGGAAUUUUUUACACGGGUGAUGGUAUUCAUUACAUUAUUUUUUAUGUAUAUAGAUUGAUAUAAUAAAGUUGUUCUUGCUGUGUAUGCCUCUUUCUCUUGUAGAAAGCCAAAAGAA